AUGUCGAAACUAUGGUCGAAGCGCCGCCCUUCCCCGGGCGGCGAGACCUCGCCGCUCCUCGAAUCCGACCUCAGCGUCGGAGCACCGAGCCAAGGCCAAGCACACGCCGACGCAACCCUCCACACUCAUGAUACGCCCUCGGGCGGUGUCGGACACUCCGAUACCGUCGCAAACCAGAUCAGCAGUGCGGAGCGCGUCUGGCUCUUUGUCGGGAUCUUCCUGGUCGGUUACGCCUACGGCCUCGACAGCCAGGUGCGGGGAACCUACCAGCCCUACGCCACCUCUAGCCUCAACCUACACUCCUCGCACUCGACAAUCAACGUGCUGCGCAGCGUCAUCGCCGUGGCCUCGCAGCCCACUGCAGCCAAGAUCGCUGACAUUUACGGCCGCUUCGAGACCAUCGCCGCCUCCAUCCUAUUCUACGUCGUCGGGACCGCCCUCGAGGCCAGCGCGUCCUCGGUAGAAGUCUUCUGCCUCGGCGCCAUUCUGUAUCAAAUCGGCUGGACCUGCAUCGUCCUCCUCCUCGAGGUCCUCGUCGCAGACUUCUCGUCGAUGCGGUCUCGCGUCUUCUUCAGUUACAUUCCCGCUAUUCCUUUCGUGUUCAACACCUGGAUCAGCGGCAAUGUUACCUCUGCCGUCUUGCGAGUCACAUCAUGGCGCUGGGGCAUCGGAAUGUGGGCCAUCAUCCUUCCCAUCUGCUCCAUCCCGCUCCUCACGAGCCUCUACUCCUUUGGCCAGCGCUCACGCAAAGCUGAUGGCCAUGCCGAAUCAAAGAAGGCGACCGUCGACCUCUUCCACCAGCUAGACGCCGUCGGCCUCACUAUUCUCAUUGCUGCGUUUUCGUUCACCCUGGCGCCCCUGACCCUGGCAGGAGGAACCGUCAGCCACUGGAAGACCCCGGGAAUCAUCGUACCGCUCGCCUUUGGGCUACUUUGCAUUCCGGCGUUCGUCUUCUGGGAGCGCCGCUAUGCUCAGGUCCCUCUCAUCCCGUUCCGCCUCCUCAAAGAUCGCGGAGUCUGGUCAGCCCUGGCCGUCCGCAGCCUCCUCAACUUUGCCUGGUCGACCCAGGGAAACUACUUAUACACCGUGCUCGUCGUAGCAUUCGACUUUCCCAUCGAGACGGCGACCCGCAUCUUGUCAUUCUUUUCCUUCUUUGGCGUUUUCAGCGGUGUCUUGAUGGGCGUCGUCAUUUACAGGAUCCGAAGACUCAAGGGCAUCAUCAUUACAGGCGCUUGCAUUUUCACGGCCUCGUUCGGCCUUCUCAUAUUAUACCCCGGAGGAGCAUCUUCCGCGUCGCAGUCCGGCCUCAUCACCGGCCAAAUCAUCAUGGGCUUGGCAGGUGGCCUGUUCGCGUACCCGACGCAGGCAUCGAUCCAGGCGUCUUCUGAUCGCGAGCACGUCGCUGUCGUCACGAGUCUCUACCUGGCGGUCUUUAACGUCGGUAGCGCCCUUGGUAACUGUUUGUCGGGGGCGAUGUGGACACAGCUUCUCUACCCGUCUCUCGAGUCCAACCUCGCGUUCCAACCCAAUGAGACGUUAGCGGAGGCCGUUUACGACUCGCCGUUUUCGACCAUUGUGGAUUAUCCCAUCGGCGGAGAGAUCAGAGACGCAAUAAUCGAUAGCUACCGUGGUGUGCAGAGGCUUUUGUGCAUUGCCGGCUUGUGUAUCUGCGUGCCCAUGGUUGGAUUCGCUUUCGCGUUGAGGAACCCGAAGUUAUCUGAGGAGCGGGUCCAGCCCGAGACUUCGGCCGAGUCGGACUGA